UUUAACAAAGUUGCUUAGCCCUGGACUUUUCCAACAAAAAUAGCUGUUACUCUGUUAGGGCUCUGGCCUCUGAAUUGCACUUUCAUGGUAAACGACUAAACGCGAUAAGAGAAGUGAAGUAGCAAGAGCAAGAACAAGAACAAAGAGGAGUUCGUACAUCGCAGUGCCUCCUCCGCCUUUCCGAAAGGGGGCUAUCUUUGUGGUGUAAGUGUAUAACAACUUUGCUAAAGGGCAUCAUUUCUCAAUAUUUUGAUUUGAUGAAUCACUGGUUUGAUUGAACGAAGACAUGAGAUUUACCCACCUUUCUAGAUUAAUUUACUAAGUGUUCCUGUAGUGCUUUUUGUUGUUGUUAAUCAUUGUGAUGAACUUUGUUAAAAUUUGCACUGCCUAUGUUACUGAUUCACGGAUUCAUCCCUCUCGUCAUUAUCAUUGGCAUGAACUCCGUACCAAAACCCCAACUCUCUAGAUAAAAUUGUAACGAAAGCUGAUUGGGACUUUUUCUUCUACUUAAGGUAUGAAUCAAAAUGAUGAGGCCAAGUUGUGAAUACACAAGUGUCAACGGACUAUAAUAUAUAUUGAGUUUGUGACAUUAGAAGGGUGUAAUAAUAACAAUAAUGGAGUCAUGUUAUUUGAAUAUUGAGGUUUAACAUUUAAACUCUCGGCUUCUCAGCCCUGUUUGAUUCUUCAUCUCAGGCAAUUGAAUCGAAUCAACCAGGCCUUCCUUUUCUUUUUCUUUUAGUUGAUUCUUAAUUUUUCUAAUAUAUGUAGCUUUCUGAAUCAAGUGGAUCAGAUUAUGUAGUUUUCUUGAUUUGGUAUAUUUUCGGAGACGCAUUAGAAGAGCUAUUUUAUUAUUAUGUUUGCUAUAAUAAUAUAUUCACGUGUUCUGUAUGCUUGUGAUUGUUUCGGUGUUUACAUUUUCUUUCCAAGUCACUUGCUGGGGUUGUUCUUUGAGUUAAGGCUUUGUAUGUGUGUGUGAGAAUAUGUGAUAAUGUUGAAUGCUGUUGCAUCUAAUAGGAGUUCUUGGAGUACCCUCAUCUUUGGUCCUUUAUAAUUUAUUUAUUAUUUUAUUCUAAAACGGUUUUUCUGGUUGAACCACCAGUUGGACCGAUUGGACCAAUGAACCAGUGAAUCAGUGACUAAAGCGGUUUGAUAACCGGUCUGGUUUUCAGAACCUUGUAAAGAUGUCACACAGCUUGAGGUCUCUUAGAAGGCUCUUCACUCUCACCCCCAAACCCUCCUCCUCCGUCAUCUCCACGCGCCGCCACGUCUCCAUAGAGACACGCUCCCAGAAGCUGGAGCGCAUCGCCGACGAUCUCCUCCUCCUCGACAAGCUCGAGCGCCACGACUUCUCCGUCCUCUGGAGGCUCAAAUUGGGCCUCGACCGAUUUGCUGGCCCAGCCGCCGAUCUCGGCCCAGUUGGCCCAGCAUCAGGUGCUGGUGGUGCAGGGGCGGAUGCUAGUGCGGGAGCGGCAGCGGAGGAGAAGACUGUGUUCGAUAUAAAGCUGGAGAAAUACGACGCCGCAUCGAAGAUAAAGAUCAUAAAGGAAGUUAGGGCUUUCACCGAUUUGGGGCUUAAGGAAGCGAAGGAUUUGGUCGAGAAGGUUCCUUGCGUCUUGAAGAAGGGUCUCACUAAGGACGAAGCUGAUCCCAUUCUCCAGAAGCUCAAAGAUUUGGGUGCCACUGUUGUAUUGGAUUGAUUCCCAAUUCUUUUUUUUCUUUUUGGUUGUAGAGUCAUUCAUCACUUGCCUCCAUAGCUUCAUUUUCAUUUUCAUUGAAAUGUGAUGAUAAUGUGUUUUUUAGUUCUCAAAUACAAAAGUUAUAUGAACAUAAUAAGGACUUAGAAUGAUAAUGAAUAAUUUUCACUAUAA